UGUGUGGUCCAGCUGCUCAGCCUCCUCCCGUCGUCAUGGUGCAGCAGCAGAUGAUGAUGAUGAUGAUGGAGUCUCAGUGUGAAUACUUCAUGUAUUUCCCGGCGGUUCCCAUCACGGACCUGUCGGACCCGGCCCGGUACCGGACGCUGCCGCGGCGGAGCCACCUGUACCUGGGGGAGACGGUUCGAUUCCUGCUGGUGCUGCGCUGCAGAGACGCUGGAGCGACACCGACCGAGUGCGGGCCCGCAGGAGGCAGCGACGGCCCAGCAGCAGGUUUUGGGACGGAGUCGGCCAGCGGUCGAGCGUGGCGAGAGCUCGCCGGCUCCCUGUGCGCCGUGGCCAGCGUGAGUCCAGGCGAGAGCAGCCGUCACCGAGGAAACCACCACCAGUAUCACCACGACUACCAGAGCAGCGGGGACGAGGCCAACGAGGACGGCGAGGAGGCCUACAUCGCAGCGGCGGAGGCGGCCAUCGCAGCGCUUGGCAGCAGGGUGGACUCUCGCUGUCGCAGCUUCAGGGACUGUAAACCGCUGCUGAUCCACAACUCCUCCGGGACGGCAUCCAGGGAGUUCCGCAGGGCACCGGUUCAGUCUCCUCUGGACGAGCCGGUGGUUUUGACGGACGAGGUCAUCUUCCCCCUCACCGUCUCCCUGGACAAACUUCCUGUCAGCACUCUGAAAGUCAAGGUGAUGGUCACAGUGUGGAAGAAGGAGGCGGAGAAGGCAGAGGUUCUGGAACUCGGUUACCUGAGCGUCCUGCAGCAACGAGAACCCACACACACCUUCAGACACGACCUGAAUACCUUCAAGGCUCAGGUAAGCACCACCCUCACCGUCCUUCCUCCACCGACUGUGCGCUGUAAGCAGAUGACCGUCUCUGGGCGGCAGCUCACCGUCCUCAAAGUGUUGAACGAGUCGUCUCAGGAGGAGCUGAGUGUCCGCGAUGUUCGCAUUUUGCCGAACCUGAACGCCUCCUACCUUCCCAUGAUGCCCGACGGCUCCGUCCUCCUGGUGGACAACGUGUGUCAUCAGUCCGGUGAGGUCGGCAUGGCGUCUUUCUACCGGGUGGACAGCGUGGCCUGCCGCCUUCCCAGCAUGCUCAGCGCCUUGGAGGAGCAUGAUUUCCUGUUCCAAUUGCACCUGAACGACAUGAAGCAGGACGACUCCAACGAGGGGUUGGAGGUUCCUCUGGUCGCCGUGCUGCAGUGGUCAACUCCCAAGAUGCCUUUCACCAACUGUAUCUACACGCACUACAGAUUACCCAGCAUCCGUCUGGACCAGCCUCGCUUCGUCAUGACGGCGAGCUGUCCAAGCACAGUCAAGGUCAAGGAGCACUUCAAGGUCAAAUACGUUCUGCUGAACAACCUGCAGGACUUCCUGGCUGUUCGUCUCGUCUGGACUCCAGAGGGUCGUGGUCAGGUGGAGGACGCCGUGUUGACUGCUGUGGUCUGUCACACUCCAUUCAGUAACCUCGGCCACUGUCGUAAAGGAAGCACCCUGUCGUUCAGCGUGGCCUUUCAGAUCCUCAAACCUGGACUGUACGAGCUGAGUCAGCACAUGAAGCUGAAGCUCCAGUUCACAGCUUCGGUCUCUAAUCCUCCACCGGACGCUCGGCCACUGUCGCGUAAAAACAGUCCGUCCAGUCCGGCGGUCCGAGACCUGCUUGACCGGCACCAGGCCAGUCUGGGUCGAUCGCAGUCCUUCUCCCACCAGCAGCCGUCCAGGUCCCACAUCAUGAGGACAGGCAGUGCCAUGGAGCGUCGGGCCAUCACUCCACCCGUGGGCUCACCUGUGGGUCGACCGCUCUACCUGCCACCGCAGGACAAGUCUCUGCUGUCGCUGGACAAGAUUGCGAAGAGGGAGUGUAAAGUCCUGGUGGUGGAUCCUGGCAGCUAGAGAGCGAGGAAGCAAGGAGGAAUAGAAGGGAGCAGACAAGGAAGCAGAGAGGGGGAGGGUUUUAUGACGUAAAAAAAUCUUUUGUUUUGAACCAUUACCGUCUACAACCACAAACUGCCAGCAGGGGGAGCAGGAGUCCUGAAACCAAGGCAACCUGUAAAUGUUUGUGUGAAAUGUUUCACGCUUUGCUAUUAUUUAAAGACACAGCGCCGCGCUAAUGAGUGGCUAAUCCACAACGUUAUCAAUACAUCGUUGACCGGAGAGAUAAAGACAGAAGUGUCUGCCGGACAAAUAGCCGCAUUUCAUUUACACGGGAAGUCGGAACUGGGAGUCACGUCGCAAAGCCUACAUCUGGGGCUAGUUGUUGUUAGCCGAUGCUAGCCGAUAACGGCUAGGUGUUUGUACAAGUGGCAGCCAUCUUGCAAUCCCAAGUUUCCAAGUUGGAAAUCUUCACUUGGUGGAAAUUGCGAGUUCGGACUACAUAUGGAACACACCAAUAAUCCUUGGCUAUUACAAGCUAACAGUAAAAAUGUGCAGUUUUUGUAUGAGAGGCAGCCAUCUUGGAAUCCUAUGUCGGGGUUUGUGAGGUUGGUCCAAGUUCCUCAACUUCCAGCCACAACUGGAAUGUACCGCAAGCCACAGUAGUGACAGUAUUGAAGCCCCUCCCACACACCUAUGAAACCUUAAAUAGUGUGGGGGGGCGGGGCUUAUGACCCAUGAUGUAGCCUGACACCAGGAGGCACUCACACAAAAAUGAUUGAAUAAAUUGCAGUUUAUUGCAGGAAAAUCAUGUUGUUUAAAUCAGUAUUAAAUCACGUGUGAUCAUGGCUGUCGGAGUUUCUGUUUACAUAAAAAUACACAACCACAAAUAAACAGUGUUAACUUACGCUAA